AUUUUUUCAGCUAGACAUACAUAUUUCAGGAAAAAUGUUCGUGCUUCUUGUUAAUCUUUUUUACGUUUGUGUAACAUUGGUUCCACCAACCGCCGUAACAGCAUCUUCAGAUUGCUCAAAGCUGUAUUUUUACGACACGGCCACCGUCACCACCAUCACCACCACUUCAGAAAGUGACUGCGUGACAGCAUGUUUUACUGUUUUCCCUAUAUUUACUGGGUGCUGUGGGAUUGAAGCGUGUGCCAACAGGUGUACCUGCUAUGUCCUUUUGACACCUUCUCCUUGUUCAAUCUGCACAGCGACCACAACUGCAUCUUCUACAACUACCGAGUUAACCACCGAACCUGCUACUACCGAGUCCACCAUCGCUGAUUCUACCACUACCGAGUCAACUACCACUGCUCCUACCACUACCGAGUCAACCACCACUGCUCCUACCACUACCGAGUCAACAACCACUGCUCCUACCACUACUGAACUAGCCUUGAAACAGGUGAACAAUGGCAAAUGA